GCCCAUGAGUUUUCAACCAGUGGCCGUAACGCCACAGGCGGUGUCGGUGUGAUCCCCGAUAUACCCGGUGUUGAAACUCCCACUGUGGAUAUAUGUUUGGUUUCAUUGAGCUACACACACCCCGGUCAGCAAGACCUUGUCAAUACGUAUAUUGGUCUUCCCCUCGAUGCCAAAGAUUGGAACUCGCGAUUUUUGAUGCAUGGUGGAGGAGCCUGGUACGCUGGCGGCGAGAGCAGCAUUCUUACGCCGGUCUUGUUGGGGUAUGCAUCCUCGUCUACGGAUGGCGGGCAUGGUAUCAAUGCUUCAACUACGGACUGGGGCCUGACUAGUGACGGACAUACCAAUUGGCCUGCUCUUCGGGACUUCUCAAGCCUUGCUAUCUCCGAAGCUGCGGUUCUGGGAAAAAUGGCCACGAGAUUAUAUUACGGUUCAGGGGCGGAAUACUCUUACUGGCAUGGUUGCUCUACUGGUGGUCGUCAGGGACAUGCUAUGGCGCAAGAUCACCCCGAACUCUUUGAUGGAAUUGUUGCUGGUGCUCCUGCUAUCAGCUGGGAUAAAUUCGCCCCAGCCGGCCUCUGGGGCCCAGUCCUGGCACAAAUUCUCGAUACACAGCCGCCGCAAUGCGUUGUUGAUGCAUUCACGAAAGCCGCCGUUGAGGAAUGCGAUGGACUUGACGGUGUCACCGACGGUAUCAUUGCUUUCCCUGGCCGAUGUAACUUCAAGGCGUCUUCAAUUAUUGGCCAGACAAUAAACUGCAUUGAUCCCAACGGGAAUGUCACCAUCACCAAGGAUAUGGCUGAAUUGAUCUCGGGACUCUGGGAGGGGCCACGGUCAGCUGAAGGUCAAUCCCUGUGGUAUGGAUUCCACCAUGACUCCAGUCUCGCAUCAAUGAUCGGCACAAGUUGUAGUUCUACCAAGAACUGUACUAUCGCCCCGUUCAGCGUCGCCAAAGAUUGGGUAAAUACAUUCGUGGCUCGUAAUCCCGAAUUCAGCAUUGAAGGCCUCACGCGUCAAGAAUACGACCGUCUAUUCCGCCAAUCAGUCGAUAGAUAUACCUCUUUGAUCGGCACGUCAAAUACAGAUCUUUCCAAAAUGAAGCAUGCGGGAACGAAAAUGCUUGCCUGGCAUGGCAUGGCCGACCAGUUGGUCCCCACCAACGGCACUAUUGAUUACUAUGAACGCGUGACAAAGCUUGACGCCGAUGUUGCAGAUUACUAUCGCCUGUUCCUGGCACCCGGGGUGACACAUUGUGGAUUUGGCCCUGGAUUUGAUCCCGCCGAGACUGUUUUCGACACCAUGCGGGCUUGGGUUGAGAAUGGCACGGUGCCAGAUCGUUUGGAAGGUGUUGCUGUGGCGGUUGGAAACAGCUCCGCUACUCGCACUGGGAACUUAUGUCCCUAUCCCCAGGUGUUUACUUAUAAUGAGGGAGAUGUGAAUGAUGCCGCAUCAUUCACUUGUGCUUAA